UACGACCCGAGAGAGAUAGUAGUCGUGGGCGAGUGCUCGCGAGAGAGAAGCAGAGCAGAGUUGAUUACUCCCACGAACCACGCCACUUCGUCUCCACCUCCGACGGGAAAUCCGUCCCCGCCAAGCCACCAUCAUUGCGCCACCACCGCCGCAGCACAUCCGUUUUCCUUUCUUUACUGCUGCUUUCCUUGCGACCUACUGCUGCCGUCGUGGCCGGCUGGCUGGCUUCUCGCCAAAGCCUUCCUCCUACUGGAGUGCAGUGGAGUGGCGGCACGUACGGCGCAAGAUUGUGUGAGCGCCACCCACCACCACGCCCCCAUUAAAGGCGCUCACGCAGCGGCACCGCCAUCUCCACCACCUCCACGAGAAAGGAAGCUCUCAGAAAGCGCGCGCGCGAGCUUGCUUUCGACGGGAAUCAUGGCGCGGCUCGGCGCUGUUGCGGCGGUGGUGCUCUUCCUGGCGGCAGCCGUCGUGGCGGCGGAGGCGAUCCUGGACCCGACGGACUUCCUCGCGCUGCAGGCGGUGCGGCGGUCGCUCGACGACAUGCCGGGCUCGGACUUCUUCAGCCGCUGGGACUUCACGGCGGACCCCUGCGGCUUCCCGGGGGUCUUCUGCGACGGGACCAGGGUCUCCGCGCUGGCGCUGGGGGACCCGCGGGCGGGGUCGCCGGGCCUCACCGGCAGGCUCGACCCGGCGCUGGGCCGCAUGUCCGCGCUCACGGAGCUCUCGCUCGUGCCGGGCCGCGUCCAGGGCGAGCUCCCGGCCUCGCUCGCCGCCUGCGCCAACCUGCGCUUCCUGGCCGUCAGCAAGAACCUCCUCUCCGGCGCCAUCCCCGACGGGCUCGGCGCGCUCGCCAACCUCCGCACGCUCGACGUCAGCUUCAACCAGAUCUCCGGCGCCAUCCCGCCGUCCCUCGCCUCCCUGCCCUCCAUCACCAACCUCAUCCUCUGCCACAACCAGCUCACCGGCGGCAUCCCCUCCUUCCCGGACGCCUCCCCGCUCCUCCGCCUGGACCUCAAACACAACACCCUCUCCGGCGGCGUGCCCGCCCUCCCAGGCUCGCUCCAGUACCUCUCCCUCGCCUCAAACCGCCUCACCGGCCAGGUCGACGCCGUCCUGCCGCGCCUCACCCGCCUAAACUUCCUCGACCUCAGCAUGAACCAGCUCCAGGGGCCCAUCCCGCCCUCCGUAUUCACAUUGCCGCUCUCCGUGCUCCAGCUGCAGCGCAACUUCUUCUCCAGCCCCGUCCAGCCGGCGGGCGACGUCACCAUCCCGGUCGUGGACCUCAGCUACAACCGCUUCUGGGGCCCGCUCUCGCCGCUCCUGGCGGGGAUCGGCCAGCUCUACCUCAACAACAACCGCUUCACCGGCGACGUGCCGUCGCGGCUCGUGCAGGAGCUCGUCGGCACCGGCGGGCUGCAGGUGCUCUACCUGCAGCACAACUUCCUCACCGGCAUCGAGAUCUCGCCGUCGUCCUCGCUGCCCUCCGGGGUCUCGCUCUGCCUCAUGUACAACUGCAUGGUGCCGCCCGUGUACGCGCCCUGCCCGAUCAAGGCCGGCACCACCAACACCCGGCCGGCCGACCAGUGCCCCGAGUGGAGGGGCUGACGUGGCUGCCCACCAAGUCGCCGACAAAACAAGACCGUUGCCUGCCGGGGGAUCGAUCGGCUCUGAUCGGAGAAGAAGAUGGAAAGGAUGCAGGAGAUUGCGAAGGGCGGUCUCUGAUUCUUUGAUUAAAUUUGUCCAGUUUACUACCACUACUGUGCAUUCUUUUCGGUUAGCCAUAAACAGACAUAAUAAUCGUGAAUUAUAGUAAUUUUGGGUUUAGCUCCUGUAAGUGUUGUGUCCUUGUGCCUCUGCUGUAUAGACAGUGAGUGUGAGUAGUGAACAUUGGCUCUUGAUGUUGUAUGGAAUCUGAUACGAUCCUGUCCUGGAGAAGUGACGAUGAGGGUUUUUUUUUGUCAGAA